CGGGACACCGAAAAUAUAUUCUGAGGAGAGAGAAAACAGCUCCCCCUCUCCUUCCCCGGCAGGAAAAACGAGCGGAAACGCACUCCCAGCCCGAGCCCCGCUGGGGAGGGCGCGGGGCGAGCCGCCCGCGCGGCGUGAAUAUUCAGCAGGGGUGGGGCCCGAACAAUGGCCGGCCGGCGGGCAGCGCACACAGUGGCCGGGACGCGGCGGGCGGCCGGCGGGGCGCUCGCGGAAAGGGCUAGAGUAGGGAUGAGACGGACCGGGACGUCCCCGGUGAGGUGCCGAAGGCUACGUUUGUGACAGGCUUGUAGGUGCGGAAUUCGAUGAGCAUCACCUGGCCGCCGGGUCCCAAGGCUUUCGGUGGAAACAGUACCCAAAACAGCGCUCUCUUCCUUACCUCCCUCAGUAGUGGCCAACUAACUCAGGAAAUAUCAUCAGGACCAGAUCAAGAGGCCAGCCAUGACUGUCAUGGAUCACCUGGAUUUCUCCUAAUCCUUGGCUACAGGCAGAUCCGUGAGGAAUGCUGUGCUCUACCGAAAUGAGGAAGUGAUCUAAACAGAAGCAAAGAUGGGAUCCAGGAAUAGGUACUCGAACUCAGCUGAGAGAGAAGGGUGUCUGUCCCAUGCUGAUGGGGACAUCCUGUGUGACUUCAGAGAAGCAGGCCUGGAGUGCUACCAGUUCAAGUUGAAACAGGAGGAUAAAGGGUUACAGGAGGAUGCGACAUUAUCUGCAAGGAAAUGUGUGGUUAAAUAGCCAGAGAAGAAGAGAUUGUUGGCUUGCCCUUGGUGCACUGAGGCGAGGGGUCCUGUCAUCAAAGGAGAAGCUGCCAGGGCACAGCUGCUCUGUCCUUGAGCCUCUUUGAAGUCUAAACAGAAAGCAUUUUAGUGCUUACUUAGUGCCAGAACUCUUCAGUUCCUUGAUGUCCUUCUCAGCCUCCGCAUACCUGCCUGAGGUCCUCCGUAUUAGGAGAGGUUGGUUGACAAUUUCUGUAUCUGUGAAGGGUACAGUGUGCCUCGCUGCCUGAUGUAUGAGAUUUAUGUGGAAAGCUGUGGCCCAAAUGCUCAGGACCAAGUCAACCCAGCCACUUUUGGGAAGCUUGUACGUUUGGUUUUUCCUGAUCUUGGCACCCGGAGGCUAGGCACAAGAGGAAGUGCCAGAUAUCAUUAUGAUGGAAUCUGUAUCAAGAAAAGUUCUUUCUUCUAUGCCCAGUAUUGUUACCUUUUGGGUGAAAAAAGUUAUCACAGUGGAGACAUCAUUGGCUUUGAAAAAUCUACUAAUUAUAACAGCAUUAUCCAACAAGAAGGAAUAUGUGAAAAUCAUUCACCGAUAAGGACAGACCCAGUUGGAUCCCCUUUGUCUGAAUUCAGGAGAUGUCCAUUCUGGGAGCAAGAACUGGCAAAGAAGUAUUCCUACAAAAUGAUGGCCUUUCUUGCUGAUGAAUACUACAACUAUUGCCAAGAUAUUAUACAAAACGUGAGGAACCAAGAACUUGAGAGGGUGGAGGACUUGCUCACUUCCUUCUGGAAAUCUCUGCAGCAAGACACAGUCAUGCUUAUGACAUUGCCCGAUGUGUGCCAGCUCUUUAAAUGCUACGAUGUGCAACUGUACAAGGGAAUUGAGGAUGUUCUCCUUCAUGACUUUUUGGAAGAUGUUUCUAUCCAGUACCUGAAGUCUGUCCGGUUAUUCAGCAAGAAAUUUAAGCUGUGGCUACUUAAUGCUUUGGAAGGUUUUCCAGCCCUUGUACAGAUCUCUAAACUCAAAGAAGUUACUGUGUUUGUCAAAAGACUAAGAAGGAAGACAUACCUUUCCAACAUGGCAAAGACUAUGAGAAUGGUGUUGAAAAAUAACAGGAGAGUCAGCGUUUUGAAGUCGGAUCUACAUGCCAUCAUCAGUCGAGGCACUUUGGACAUGUCUAAGAAAGCCCUGCCAAGUAACCCGAGUAGUGCCGCUGACCUGGAGACACAUGCAGAGAUGAAAUGUUUAAGCAGUUUGAUUUCUUUGCUGGGGACAUCCACGGAUCUCAGCAUAUUCCUGAAUUGUCUAUCCUCAAAUCUCCAAACAUUUGUCUUCCAGCCCAGCAGAAGCAAAGAAGAGUUUAUCAAAUUGGCCGCCAGCUUCCAGCUAAGAUGGAAUUUCCUUCUCACCGCCGUAAGCAAAGCCAUGACUCUCUGCCACAGAGAUAGUUUCGGCUCUUGGCAUCUGUUCCACUUGCUGCUUUUGGAAUUUGUGACUCAUCUACUUCAGUCAUGCAUGGAAGAGGGGGAGGAGGACGACGAUGGGGGACAUCUCAAGGAAAUGCUACCAGAUGACCGGUCUCUUGUCCAGCCAGACCAGGCGUCUUUCCACCCUCCACAUUCUUCACCAGCGCAGGAGUAUGAAAGCCCAAGUGUGGAUCCACACUGGGUGACCCUGAAACACAGGGGCCAGAGCCAAUGUCCCAUGGGUGUGAGCGGUGUGGUUCUCAGCGUCCUGGGCUUCCUGGUGGACAGUGACACGGGCAAUAAGCUCAUCCAGGUAUUAUUGGAGGACAAGGCCACGGAAAGCACAGUCAAACUCAGCCUUCCUGUGGGACAAGAAGCCCUUGUAACCUUAAAAGAUGGACAAAAAUUUGUAAUUCACAUAUCAGAUGUACCCCAAAGCUCUGAAAAUAUUUUUUUUCAGGGAAAGCAAUGCAACAUAUAAGAUUAUUUAUUUGAAUAGGACAUAAGGAAACAUAGAUUUUCACUCUUAAGAAUAUAUUAAAUGCUAAAGCUUUUGUAUUGAUAGGAAAGAAGAUUUUAUGUACAUAAUAGAGGUAGCAUUGUAUGUGUUAUGUUUAUAUGUAUUUCAAGGAGUUAGUUUUGAUGAAUCAUAUAAACUGAU